AUGGAGGUCGCCUCCGCUGCUGCUGAGCCGCAGCUAAGUGUGUCUUCCAUCGCUCGCAGACGCAGUGCUGACCGGGACGAUGCCCUAAGUCUGCUGGACCCGGCCGUCCGGCUGCCGACGUCCACCUCCUCGAUGGCUUCUGCCCUUUCCCAGCGCAGUCUUCGCAGCGCCUCCCAUCCGUCGGCCGCCGUAGCUGGCGACAACCCCGGCGCCGCUCCUACUGCGUCGUCUUCCUACACAGGCAAAGGUAAUAAUGGGGACGCGCUUCUUCGCCAAAAGCCCGGCAACCCGCCGACGAGGGUGCCGUCUUCGUUCGCCGCUAGCGUCGAUACGCGUGCCUCCGAAGCGAGUAGUCACAGUACGCGCGGCACGUCGGGCAGCAGCCGGCGAGACAACCUGGACCCCGCUGCACCGCAGUCGCGAGCUGCCACAGAGCCGCCGCACACGUACCCGGGGCGUUUUUUCGCGAACCUUCCGUGGAUACCACCGCCCCCAAUCUACGGCACACCGCUACCGGACAGCAGCAACAUGAACCGCCACUAUGCCCACUACUACGACCCGACUGGGGCAACGUCGCGAGCUCCCUUCUGCUACCCGGGUGAUGUGCCGCUGCGUGCGCAAGGGCACCGCAGCGACGUGUCCGGUGCGGAGUGGCCAACGCCGAGUGAUUUGCCUCUUCCUUCCAUGUUUCCAAUGCCGCCGCGCGUGCUGCCAGCGGUGUCUGCGUCAGCAGCUGAGGCUGCAGCACGAGGCAUGGUGGCGGCGCCGCAGGGGUGGGCCAUACCACCACCGUUUCUAUACCCCCCGCCACCUCCGCCGCCGUGGUGGUUUUAUGGUUCACCCCCAGCUCCUCUCCCUGCGUCCUCGUCCGGCUCUUCUGCGAGCAGCACUGGAAGCAGCAGACAUGCGUCAUCGUCGUCACGUGCGUCGGCAAGAUCAGCCGCGCAGCCUUCACGGCAUCCGCCAGCAGAUGCUGCGCGUCUGUAUGCAGAAGCAGCAGCUCCGUCGCGGCACGCUGUGGCGGUUCCCGCAGGUUCUGUGGAGACACCAGUCGCCGUCGCAUCGCGAGGUGACGCAGGUGGUUGUCACGCCGCAAAACAACGCUCCGUUGCCUCGUCGGGCUUUCGCUACGCUGCGAGACACACUGUCGGCACCGGUAGAGCGGCACGGCGGUCGCUGGAGUCGUUCUCCGCAUCGUCAGCCGCCACCUCCUCUAGGAGCGCCAGAACUACAAGAGCGCACUCUGAUCCACCGCAAGGGGUAGAGCGUCGCGUUUAUGCGUCGAGCGGCAGCGGGAGCAGUGACACACCACGAGGUGCGAAGGGCAAGACAGUGCAAGUUGCACCCCGGCGCACGAACGCGGCGCACUGUGUUGAACCUAAUCAGCUUCAAGUAUACGGCGAAGAUGCCGUGCGAGAGAGAGCUUACAACAGCGUGACCACUCGCAUGAAGCACGCCGUGAGUGCCGCCGAAGCGUAUUUGGAGAAAAUGGAGCACCUUUACCGCCAGUUGCGGAGCCGCUACGAGGAGGUGGCCAUGUCUCCAGGAAGGGUGACGAGGUACGGGGCCGGCAUCACCGCAGACGAGGAGGUCGAGGAGAAGCGGCACCGACGCACUGCGCCCGCGGCAACGACUAGGGCGACAGGAGGUUCGCAGGAGAAGGGGCUGCUGCAUCCGCCAGAGCGAGCGUUUUCGCCGCAGACUCACGUGCAACCAACCGUACCCUUGUCACAUGCCAAGCGACCUGUGUCCCCUGCACGGUCAGCUGCACAACCGUCGGCUGUCGAGCCGUCGCUGCCGCUGUCGUCGUCAUCGUCCGAGACCUCCGCUACGUCCCUGAGGCGCGAGCUGCACCUCUUAGAGUCACAGUGGCAGCGGCUGGAGGAGCUAAAACGGCACGGAGGCGGUGGCACGACGCCAGCCGUCGCACCGACCACUGCGCCAUUGCCAUCAACGGCAACCGCGACAGUCGGCGACGAUCUUUUCACAAGUCGCCGUUUCUUGCAGCUGAUAAAGGAUCGCAAGCACCUGCUGAUGUCGGCAGCGUAG